AUGGACUCCCGCCAUGGCCAGCCGCCCCACUACAAGAUCUAUGUUAAGAUGAUGAAAACAGUGCCACUUGAUGUGAAGUCCACUGAUACCAUAGAUCAGAUCAAGUCUCAGAUCAGUGCUUUAGAGGGGAUUGACAGUAGCCAGCAAGCGCUCUUUUUUGCUGGAAAUCAGUUGGAGAAGGACAACGGACUUGCUGAUUACAAUAUCAUGGCAAAUUCUUGUGUCGACCUUUAUGUAACUGAUGGGAUGCAGAUCUCUGUCAGUAUCCCCUCUGUUGGGAAGACCAUCAAGCUCAAUUUGAAAAAAUCCCAGAGUGUUGCUGAUGUCAAGGCGGUGAUCGAACAGAAGGGGGGAAUUCCUCUGGAUGAACAAAUCCUGAUGUAUGGAUGCCAAAAGCUUGAGGACAACAAGUUGUUGAGUCAGUGUGGUUUGAGCAAUGGCCACACCCUGCAUGUUUUGGUCUGCCCCACUGACAAGCUGCGUAUCUCUGUGGAUGUUGAUGGUGAAAGAACUAUCAAUCUCGAUGUCAAAAGCUGGUAUACUGUUGCUGAUGUGAAGUUGAUGAUCGACACCUUGGAGGGUUUACCAGCAAGCACACAGAUACUCAUGCGCACUCAACCUGGUGGUGCUAACACAGUACUCAAAGACAUUGAAACACUCCAGAAUCAACGCAUCAAGAACAAUGACAUUGUCACUCUAUAUCUUAAAGUAUACUUCUUCAUCAAGACAUAUGAAGGGAGGACACUAAUGAUGUCAAUGUGGACUUGUGACACGGCAGAGGAAGUUAUGAAGGUGAUUGAAGAAAAGCUCGAGGUCAACACAGGUGUCUACUACCUGCACUACAGGGGGCGUGUUCUGUCUCUUGGGGAUACUCUUCGGAAGCACAAGAUUGGCAACAAUUCCACAGUCGAUGUCUGCCUUCGGAAUUCAUAUGUAGCGCAUUGA